AUGAAGAGCACAACAUUCCACCUCAUCCUCAUCGUAGCUAUUGCCCUCUCCGUAUGCAUAGCGGGUGCCAGAGACCUAUCCAAAGACCAUCGUAAGGAGCAUGAGCAUGACCACCGUGAGAUGCAUUUAGACCAUCACCAUGAGAAGGAUCACAAAGAUGGCCCACAUGAGGGGCAUCAUGAAGUGCAUGAUCAUAGGGAUCACAAGGACAAUGAGAAGCAUGAACAUGACAAACGCGAGAAGGAUCAUAAUGAGCAUGAGCACGAGCACGAGCAUGACAAACACAAGAAGGAUCAUAAAGAGCACGACGAUGACGAACAUAAGCAGCAUCACAAGGUGCAUGAUGAUGAUAAACACAAGAAGGAUCACAAGACUAAGCAUGACGACGACAAACACGAAAAGCAUCAUAAAGAGCAUGAUGAUGACAGACAUAAGAAAGAACACAAGGAUCAUCAUGAUGAGAAACACAAGAAGGAUCAUAAUGAGCAUCAUGAUAACAAACAUGAGCCAGCUCACAAGAGGCACGAUGAUGACCAUUAUAAGAGGGAUCAUAAGGAGCAUGAUGGCCAUCAUUAUUGA